AUGGCGAUGCCUGCUCUCCUCUCUGCAGCCCUGAUGCUGCUGCUGCUUCCUGGGACUCUGACUCAAGACAGCAAACCAGCUCCCAUUGGCGUGAUCGUGGAGAACACUUUAGGGAACCCCGCUACGUUGACCUACACCACUCAGGUGGCUCCCAGAGGGAUCCUGCUGGCUGCACUGAACAGACUCAUGGCCACCAAUUCAAAGUUCACAUUCACCUACACAGAGGAUCCAAACUACGGCCCAUACCUGGAGAGUGUGAACGGUGUGGCUGGAAAUGAUCAAGAUCAUACCUACUGGGAACUGCUGGUCAAGAAACCAGAUGGCCAAAUCAUAAGACCAGAUGUUGGUAUUGGAUGCUACAUUCCCAGUGCAAACGAACAAAUCAUCCUGAGAUUUACGAAGUGGUAAAGAUUCGUCAGACAC